AUGGAUAUGAAUCUGACAGUCAUCGACAGUGGUUUGUUGGAAACCGACCAAUCCACUCGCAUUCUCACUGGAUGCUUCCUCUCACUGCUUAUCCUGUCCACGUUACUGGGAAACACAUUGGUCUGUGCAGCAGUCACAAAGUUCCGUCACCUCCGCUCCAAAGUUACCAACAUUUUUGUCAUCUCGCUGGCUGUAUCAGACCUUCUAGUAGCAGUCUUAGUCAUGCCUUGGAAAGCUGUGACUGAGAUCGCUGGCUUUUGGCCCUUUGGAUCUUUCUGCGACAUAUGGGUGGCAUUUGAUAUCAUGUGUUCCACAGCAUCCAUUCUGAACCUUUGUGUUAUCAGUGUGGACCGGUACUGGGCAAUUUCCAGCCCCUUUCGCUAUGAGAGGAAAAUGACUCCCAAGGUAGCGUUUGUGAUGAUCAGCGUAGCCUGGACACUGUCCGUGCUCAUUUCCUUCAUCCCAGUGCAGCUGAACUGGCACAAAGCACAACCUGUCAGCUCAGUUAUGGCCAACACCUCUAGCAGGUCUCCACUGCUGGAAAACUGUGACUCCAGCCUGAACAGAACCUAUGCCAUCUCAUCCUCCCUCAUCAGCUUCUACAUCCCAGUAGCCAUCAUGAUUGUCACCUACACUCAGAUAUACAGAAUAGCCCAGAAACAGAUCAGAAGGAUUUCAGCCCUCGAGAGAGCGGCAGAGAGUGCCAAGAUCCGCCACAACAGCAUGAGCAGCAACUCCAACGUAGACUCGGAGAGCUCUUUCAAGUUAUCCUUCAAGAGGGAAACCAAGGUGUUAAAAACUCUGUCAGUUAUAAUGGGAGUGUUUGUGUGUUGCUGGUUACCCUUUUUCAUCCUGAACUGCCUGGUGCCUUUCUGCACACACAGCUUGGCCACUGGCAGCACAGACUUGCCUUGCAUCAACCCAACCACUUUUGACAUCUUUGUGUGGUUCGGCUGGGCAAACUCCUCGCUCAACCCCAUCAUAUAUGCCUUCAACGCAGAUUUCCGUAGAGCUUUUGCCAUCCUUCUGGGGUGUCACAGACUGUGUCCAAGCAAUGGAAUUGUGGAGACACCAAGCCUGAAUAAGAACUGA